UCCCCCGCCACCCCUUAUUUUUUCUCAUCUCUCUCGCUCCCUGCCCCUCACUCACUCUCUCUCUCCCUCUCUCCCCCCAUGGCCUCCGGCGAACCCGCCGCCGAGCCUCUGAAAUACCAGACUCUAGCUUUGAAGGUUUCGAUUCACUGCGAAGGAUGCAAGAAGAAAGUGAAGAAGGUUUUGCAGGGUAUAGAAGGGGUUUACAAGACGACAAUCGAUUCCCAGCAGCAGAAGGUUACAGUGACUGGCAACGUUGACGCAGAUACGCUUAUUAAAAAACUGGUUAAGUCAGGGAAGCACGCCGAACUCUGGCCGGAGAAGAAGCCUGCUGCGCAGACCCCUUCUCCCGCCGGCACCGGCAAGCAGAACAAGAAAAAGGGCGGCGCCGCCGCGAAGACCGAUGAACAGGAGAACAGUCAGCCCGCUUCUGAUGCAGAAAAUAGCUCAGCAACAGAGCACACGCCCAAAUCCGACGGCGAGACACAUAAUAACAACGGAAAUGAGACAAAGAAAUCCAAUACCAAGGCCGUCGAAUCCGGCGCCACUUCAUCCCCCCCUGAGAAGAUCGCCGGAGAAGAAGCUGAGAAGUCCUCUGCUAGCGGGGGUUCCAAGAAAAAGGGGAAAAUUUCACAGAACACAGCCGCCGAAAGUAAGCCGCAGAAUCAAAUACCGGGCAUUUCGUACCAUAUUCCUGCAUACCCAACUCCACCUCCGGCAUACAUUUUGAGCUAUAGCACCGCGCAGCCGGUGGCCAGCUAUGGUGGCGCCGCCUACUACCCUUCAGCAAUGCAUCAUAGCAACUACAUCUUCUCCGGCCAUCACCAACCAACUGGAACUCACUAUAUUCCUGCAAUGCCCACUGCGCCGCUUUCCUCAGACUUGUUCAGCGAUGAGAACGACGCCGGUUGCACUGUCAUGUGAUCGCCGGCGGUUGGAUUCCGGCAAGCGUUUCUUUUUAUAAAUAUAUAACUGUACCAUUGUAAGGAGGAGUAGGGACUGUUUAGUAAAUUGUUGGAACUGUUGAAGCUUUGGAGCUUUUGGGUAUUGUGGCUUGUUAGUUGUUAUCUUUAGCGUUAAGGAAUAAUAUGCUUUGUCGCAUUAAGUGAUGGACGCUGAAAUAUUGAUUGGAGGA